AUGAUUAUAAUUACCCACAGAGUACUUUUGUAAUUACCGAACUAAAAAUAUAGUGCACAGAGUACUUUGUAAAUAUAUGAUAUAUUAUAGUGUGAUCCAGGUACUUACGGAUUAUUUAAAACAAAGUUAGGUAUUUGUGCCUUAUUUUUACUAUCUUCUGCUUCUAAUACUAUGAAGAGCGUAAAGCUAUGAUGAAGAGUGUCACAAAGUUUACUCAGUCAUUGCAAGAUAGGAGCAUGGGACUGAUGAAAACUUUGGAAAGACAUAUUGCUAUAAGCUUAGAAGAGGCUAAUGUAAAACCAAGACCAGCAAACAGUAAUGGGCUAUGGUGCCACAUACUACUACCAGCUGCACUGGCCACUUACAGCUGUUUUGACAAUGUGUCAACCCUAUACAAGAUAACAUCAUGUAUAUCAGUUGGACUGUUCUUCCAUAGUGUACUGUUCAUACUGUUUCUCUCCACAUCAAGUACAGUGUUGAAGGAGCCAGUUUACGCUGGGUGUGUUGCAUCUGGUUUCAUAUCUGCUAUACUACUGUAUGUCUUCUUGCAAACAGACCUUGGGUUUUCUUUGGCAGUCAGUAUAUUAUCCAUAUGUUUAUUUGCUGCCAUGCUGCGAUUGUUCAUAGUGAAGUUUGACAAGACAUUCACUUUAGGAGAAGCUAUGAUAACAGCACAGGCGGUUGUUUUGUUUUUCAUAAUGUCCAUGAUCAGAUUCUUCUUUAAAAUGCGAUCGGAUGAUCAAGAAAUGGAAUUUAUAGGUGUGAUAGUAUAUACUAUAUUAUCAACAGUGGGAUUGAUUGUUACAGUACUGUACUUCCUGACAGACUCUUGGAGGAAUCUUAAGACUCUGGCAUACAUAGUGGCAUCAGCUGUUGUAUUUGUAUUGCUAAUACUGCACGCUGUUCUGGGAAGUAACUGUGUGAAAACCAUCCUUGAUUAUGUGUUUGUGGAGCGGGAUAGGUACAAACUGUUCACAUUCUGGCUAUUUCUCGUGCUAGUAGCGGUGUGCGCGCUACUGGUGCGCACGCGGCUGGCGGUGAAGGCCAGCACAGUGACACGCAAGACCUUCCACGUUCUGGCGUCACUUGUGUUCUUGUCUGGCAUUAUAUACGACGUGUAUCUCAUGACUUUGGCUGCGGGGAUCGGGCUUGGAGUACUUAUAUUUGUAGAGGCCCUACGAAAAUCUGGUAUAGAACCCAUCUCCUCCGCCCUGCAAUCAGCUUUUUUAGUCUACUGUGAUGAAAAAGAUUGUGGAUUAUUUGCAAUGACUCCCCUGUACCUGUACGUCGGUCUGGCAUUCCCUUUACUGCUAGUUCCUAACAGACCAGAUCGCGAGUUGGAGCUAUUGAGCGGAGUUCUGUCUAUCGGAGUGGGAGACACUGCUGCCAGCUGGUUCGGUUCCCACUUUGGCAUCAACAAGUGGUCUGAUAGCAACAGAACCAUGGAGGGUACCGCAUUUAAUAUUCUGUCACAAAUAGGAACUGUAUACGCCUUGCAAUUUUUUGAGCUAUUGGAUAACAAAAACGCGUUGUUACGCUCAGUGUUUGCGGCGACGGUAUCGGGCUUCGUUGAGGCCAAGACUGACCAAGUUGACAACUUGGUGCUCCCCUUAGUUACUAUGAUAGCGCUCCAGACCACUUGGAUACUGCUGUGAUUAUAAUAGAAGUUAUUAUGUUUAUUAAUAUAAUUUAUUAAUUAUUUAGGUAUACAUUGACGCAGAUUCUGUUGUCUUUCUCUAAACUAAAUUUAGAGUAUCUGCGUCCUAAUCCUUUUAAUAUUGUUA